UCUUUAGAGCGCCGGCUUAAGAAAUGUAAGACAGAAGAAAAAAUAAAUAUUCGCAAAAGGCGAGGACAAGUUCGCCUCCUACGCCCUUUGAAAAUAUAACUGUUGUCGCAAUUUGUCCCACUGCGACAGUUGCACUAAAGCGAUAUUCCGCAAAUUCGACUAAAGUUUCUUUGACGAAACGUCAGAACUCGGCCUUAAAUCGGCCCAAUUUUUAAUAUUUAAAUUCCUAGGGCAGCGCCAGCAUGCCCAAAUUUAGGCAUCUGCGCGCGCCUCUUUAUGUCUGCGUCUUUCCUAUGGUCGAGUAAACAGUUAUAAACAGAGAGAGAAGAGAAAGACUGCUGGCAAUAAUUAGUAUGCCAGAGACCAGACGCUGCCUUGAAUUCCGAACAACAGUUGGUUCUACAAUAUGAUGGCCGAGACAACUGUGCCGCCACCGCAGACGGUGCCCCAGCAGCAAGCGACGGUCAAGACUGACCCUGGCCAGAAUCCGGGCGGAAGUCUUCAGUGGCUCGAGUUCAACGUGGCCUACUUCCUCGGCUUGCCAGGCAUGCUGAAGCUCGUUCAGGUCCUUAUCGGGAUCAUUUGCAUGGCGUGCGCCUCGCCCGCCCGCAUGGACGGCACCCACUGGUUCCUCUUCGUCGCGGUCACCGCGUUCAUUGCCACCCUCAUCUGGGUCUUCCUCUACUUGUUGUCCAUCAGGGAGGCUCUCAAGCUCCCUAUCAACUGGACUCUGACAGAAUUUGUGAAUUAUGCAAUUUUCACAUUGUUGUACGUGAUCGCCUUCAUUGUCCAACUGUCCGUGUGGAGCCCCUCGUACGAAUAUGGUCGCGGCCCAAACAUCGCAGCGGGCGUUUUCGGUCUGUUCAAUUCCCUCGCCUACGCCGCCAGCACGUACUUCCUCUAUGUCGACUGGAAGGCCGGAAUCGCUCCUCCACAGCAGUGAAAAGAAAGGUCCUUUCCCUCCCAAAGCAGACCAAAUCCCAUAUCAAACACAUGCUAACUGAAUUUUAUUCAUAAGGUAAUCUCGUAGAGUGUAAAAUAUUGGCAAAAAAAUUAAUUAUUUGCGCGCUUGCAUUACUCCCGCCUUUGUUUUGCCAUCAAAGAAAGAAUCUGUUAAGUUUUUGUACAAAAUAUUUGUAUUUUAUUAAUUAUUAAUUUUAUAUAAAUAAUAGUCUUGCUUCUUCACUGUGUAUAAUAAAAUGUUUGGACGAGAGUUUAAUUUUAAAUACGAAAUUCGUCCAAUAUUAUUAAUUUGUAAUAAAUACCCUCGUGUUCUACUCAACCGAGUAUAAAUUAACUAUUUUUACUGUUU